UCAAGUGGACUUGCAGAUACACUCGCAAACUCAGGUAGCCAUGAAGGUCCUUGUUGUGCUGGUCCUAGCCGUUUUCAGUGGCUGUCAGGCCAACCUCUUCUAUGCUGAUGCACCCAAGCCACAGCUGGAAGUGCUGAAUGAUGCUUUCUGGGACUAUGUUGCCAAAGCCACUGAGACAGCUGAUGACACCGUCCAGAUGAUCAGGAAAUCACAGUUUGGACAGGAUGUCAGUGCCCGUUUGACAGAUGGCUCCGACCUUGCCACCAAGUACGCAGUCUCUCUGCAAGAGCAGCUUCACCCUGCAGCCCAGGACCUCAUCACUAAGGUCACCACAGAAGCUGAUGUGCUGAAAGAGCGUAUGAUCGAGGAACUGAGCACUGUCAAGGGAAAGCUGGAGCCUUUUACCGAGGACAUGAAGGCCCAGAUCCAGCAGAGAGUGGAGCAGCUGAAACAGGAGCUUGCCCCCUAUGUAGACACUGUGGACACUGAGGCACUGAGAACCACCCUGAUGCAGAGGAGCGAGGAGCUGAGGACCAACCUGGAGCAGAGUGUGAUGGACCUGCAGACUCAGCUGGGGCCCUACACUGAUGACCUGAAGCAGAAAGUGGACCAACACCUGGAGGACUUCAAGGUGAAGGUGGCCCCUGUGACAGAGAGGGUCCAGAGUGAGCUGGCUCAGAGAGCCCACCAGGUGAAAGAAAUGGCUGCCCCCUACGUUGAUCAGCUGAGAACAAGGCUGGACCCCUAUGCCCAGGACCUCCAGACCCAGCUCAUGUCUCUCUACGAGUCCUUCGUGAAAGCCAAUUGGAGAACUUUCUCUCUGGAAACUGGAUGUGAAACGUUUACCCCGUUAUUCACGCUGACUGCCAGAUUGCUCAAUCAUCCCCUUAAAACAGUGCAAACCGGUGAGAACUUCGGUCGCGGUGUUGGUAACACGUUGCGUGGAAGAAACAAGAUCUGCACAGACAAAUCAUCAGCACCACGUGAACGUGUGCGUGCGCGAGCAAGCACUUCCCCCGGUAGCACGCGCAGCGGCAGCAGCCUCCUGGGACUGUAUAAAAACCCUCAGUCACAUUUCAGGGAGCACGGUAGAAGCUUAACCUCUCAGGUGUCUGUCUGUCCAACAAACAUGAAGGCCUUAGCUCUGAUCCUUGCUCUGGCAGUCAUCACUGGCUGCAAUGCCCGUGCUGUGCGCCAGGCAGAUGCCACCCUAAACCGCUGGGAGGAAUCUGUGGAUCGUUUCUGGCAGUAUGUCUCUGAGCUGAACCAACAAGCCGAUGGAGUUGUGCAGACCGUGAAGACCUCUCAGCUCACCAGAGAGCUAGACACUCUGAUCACUGACACCAUGGCAGAACUGACAGCAUACAAAGAGGAAAUUCAGACCAAGGUCAGCCCCUAUGCUGAGGCCUCCACUGGCCAGCUGUCCGAGGACCUGCAGCUUCUGGCCACCAAACUGCAGAAGGACAUGCUGGAUGCCAAGGAGCGCAGCACUGAGUAUCUGGGUGAGCUCAAGACCAUGAUGGAGCAGAACUCUGAUGAUGUCCGCAACCGCAUCAGUACCUACACCCACAAGCUGAAGAAACGCCUCAACAAGGACACUGAGGAGAUCCGCAACACUGUGGCCACCUACCUGGGUGAGCUCCAGUCCCGCACCUCCCAGAACCUGGAUGCUGUGAAGGACCAUGUUGAGCCCUAUGUCCAGCAGGCCAGUGACACAGCCACCAAGAAGCUGGGCGACAUCUCUACCAUUCUGAGGAGCCAGGCUGAGGGUCUAGGCCAGCAGCUGGAGACCCAGGCUGAGGGCCUCAAGACCCAACUGGAGUCCACUGCCCAGGACCUGCGCACCUCCCUGGAAGGCAAGAUCGACGAAUUGACCGAGCUGUUGUCCCCCUACGCCACCCAGAUCCGGGAGCAGGUUGAGGGCAUCAUUGAAAAAGUCAAGGAGAGCGCCUCCGCCUAAAGACUCUGAGAGUUUUUUAAGGGUUUUAGAUGGUUGGUGGUCCACUGUUUGUCAUAGAAGGAGAGAGUUGUAAACCGCUGAUUUCUUAAUACCCUGGAAAAGAGGGGGAAGUGGGGGUUGAGAGUUACUGACAAUAUCUUCAUAUGGGUGGUCUAGUGUUCAGUUUAAGGGAGCUGGUGAGAGGAAGGAGGCAGGGUGAGGUGCAUCUUUUACAGAACAGUCAGCAGAUAAAAUUCAGUUUGAGUUCUCUCUUCUGCAUAGUCACCCUCUCUUCUUCUCUUAUCGUCUCCCUUGAUUACUGAAGACAAAAGCCACAGCCAAUAACAGCCUUUAACACAUAAACAACAAAGACAAUUAUUUGUAAUAUGCUUUUCUUUUAUACUUUUUAAUUAACUGCUUCCGCUGUCAACACCUCCCCAAAGAUUUUGUAUUGGUUUUCCUACAUUUUGUUUGGUUGUAAAUAUAACUGCUGAGUUUGAGCCUCACAGGCAAGAGUUUCCAGCCCGCAUCAUCCCUAAAAUGCACCAAACACAAGUGUCUUUCAUUUUAAUAAAUGCAAUGAAUGAUGUCAGAAGAUGGGGGCACACACAGUAAUGUGUCUGCUGCUUUUUCAAGAAGUGACACUGAACCACUAAAGUGUCCUUCUGUAUUGUCUGCAUUUCCUGUUUUUAUGCUUCACAAAGAAGUGGAAUGUCAAUUGACUUGAUGCAAUUAUGACAAUCAGUGAGUUGUAAAGUGUCCCUUGUGUUUCACAUGUCAUAUGCCGACCAUGCUGCUCGCUAAAGUGUGCUGCCUGUGGUUGCAGCUGAACCGUGCUGAGUGAAUAAAGAACUUAAAAAAAAAAAA